GCGUUCCCGAAGAUGAGCCACCCCUAGAAAGCAAUGCGAUUGGGUGCCAAAACAAAACAAGAGAAUGUAAUGAGGGAAGACUAACUAGUUGUAGAGGAGGAAGUGGGUAGGCGAGCAGUCCGUGCUGUAUAGAAGUACAGUUCUGUGUGAGGAGCGCUCAGUAUCACUGAGGAAUGGCUGGCUCUGCUCAGGAUCACCCUGACCUCUACCAUCGUCGUUAUGAAGCGGGGACACCUUCUCCGAGCCAGUGUAUAGAAGGACGGAGCCGGCUCAGCUCUCAUCCCUCACACACCUCUACAGAUACCCCUGACGAAAAGUCAAGAGUUCCACCCCUUCUUGAGGCUAUAAGCAAGAUGUGGAAUCAUGUACAGCAAUGCCUUGUAGUCGCUGUGGCUGUCCUGUGUAUCAUGUGGCAACACUUCAAAGCCCUAAUUUCCUUGUGGUGUAGCAUUCCGUGUCAGGGACCUUUUAAAAAAAGAAGAAACUUGAGCGUAAAUGCAGAAGUUGAUUUACUGUCUUAUUGUUCGAAACAAUGGAAAGGGGAAGCACCAAAUGUCACAUACAUGAGGAAGACAUAUGAAGACUUGUACUGGAACCAUCACAUCAAAACUUUGCAGUAUGUAAAACAGGACAAUUACUGUGUUCUUCGAGCUGUCAUGUUCCAGGUUUUUAGUCAAGGAAUGCCCUUUCCUGGAUGGAUGAAAGAAAAAGAUAUCUUAAAGCUUCCCGAAAAGCUUCUGUAUUCUCAAGGAUGUAAUUGGAUACAGCAGUUUAGCUUUGGACAUGAGAAGUAUACAGGUCCAAAGGUCUAUGGAAAACUGCGAAGCUGUCUAGAGAUCUUCAAAAACCAGUGGGCGGAAUUUUACAAUUGUAAAGACCGGGUUGAAAGAAACAGAAUGUGCAAUUCCUUUUUUUCUGAUGAAGCCACAGAGAAUAAACUGUAUGAAGCAUUAAAAUUCAUUAUGCUGUAUUUGGUGAUAGAGGCUUAUGAAGAUAUAAAGUCAGCACAACACUCUCCAUGCUUCUUUCAUUUCUUGUUCUCACGGGACACAUCAGCUGACCCUUUAAGCUACAUGAUGAACCACUUGAAUGCAGUGGGCGAUAAAUCUGGACUGGAACAGGCUGAUUUGUGUUUGGUGGGCUAUGCUCUUGAAGUCAAGAUAAAACUAUUCCAGUUGGCUAAAAUGAAUACUGAAGACUUUGAAAUUUAUUACCCUGAGGAUUACAAAAGAGACUGGAAUGAGAUUUGUCUUAUGACUGACGAUGACCGAAACUACAAUAUACCAAUCAAAGCCAUAUGAUUGGACUGACACUCAUCUACAGAAGAACACCUUUUCUGUUUGUGCAGGGAAACCUACUCCUCAGCCUGUACCUUGUAGUCAUAACACUGAAUUCAGUAUAUAUGUGAAAAUAAAUACUAACUCACUGACAGUUAUAGUUUCCCAGCAAAAACUGCGAUUGUGGAAAUUCAUCCAAUUGUCGGGACUUAUCAACUUUUAUCUACUUUUACAAUCAUGUGAAGAACCACAAUGCUGUAAAUAAGGAAUUCAAGGUUUUGUUAUACACCAACCUGCUUUUACUGUACACAAGACCUUAAGGUGACAGUAUGCCAGGGAAUUUGGCACUAAAUAGUGUAACCCAUGCCUUUUUUUUUUCAGUCAAAAUUCACAUUCACUAUUUAGUGCAUAUCACCUAUCAAUAACAUUUUGGGCAAUAUUGUAAAAUACUGGGUUAUUCUUUUAACAGUACCUUAUAGCCAAAGAUAAAUACAAGAAGAUUUCAUCCUAUCAGAUUGUCAGUAAUGCUGGCUGACCAUGUCCACAGUUAGGAUCAUUCAUACUUCAAACACAAGAAGUAUACAAUGAUCUCCUUUAUAUGCCUUGGCAAUAGGAACAUCAUCCUACUAAAGUAAUGGGGAACCAUCAAUACUCAGUGCACUUAAUCUUGUAGCAAAAAAUGUUGAAUGGCACAUUUUCACACAUAACCAACUGUCCUAAAUUGCUUUAUUGCUGUUUUCCUCUGUUAAUUGCUUAGAAAUGGCAGCAUAGAUUUGAAAGGUAAGAUUGAUCUCUGUAGUGCUUUAUUCUGCUCUUCAACACCUAGAUCUUACCUCAAAUUUUACUGAUUCACAGUAACUUCUUGUGACAAAGCAUCGCCAACUGAUAACUGGCUGUUGCUGUAUUGUGAAAAAGUGAUUUUAACAUCAUUUAAAAAAAACGCUAGAUCCAGAGGCUGUGUGAGCAACAGUGACAUCUACAGGCAAAUAUAUAUAUAUAUUUUUUUUUGGAGCAAAGUAUUGUGUUUUGGUGUUUUUAGUUUACAUUUGUGCUUUUGUUUGCUGUUCUUCCUAUGCGUUUGUGUGUGAUUGGUUGCAGGAACAGGUCUUUGGACUACUGAACAUUUUAGGUGAUUUUGGCUGUUUAUUUAUAACUGUGGGUAACGUAUGAAUAUUUUAGAAGGUUACAGUAACAUUUUUCAGCCCUCGUCUUUUUUCUUUAGGACAAUUUUCAAACAAGACUAAUAAGCUUCUAACAAAAUUAGUAUACUGUACACAACAGUGGUAAUUGUUUUAGUUUCAUUGCUAUCCAUCUAUCUACAUUUGAAGUGUAUAAAAAUGCUUCUGAUAUAUGGUGACCUAAGAUAGGUAGCAUUACCAGUAAACUUAAUUUGUGGGCAGAUUCUAUAUCCUAGAUUGUAUAAAAAAAA